UCAUAUCCCACGUGGGAUGAUCACCUUCGCGUAGCUUUGUAUUUUUGACCGUCUUGCCUUUUCCUAAAGGCUGAAAAAACGGGUAUUAAUCAACUCAAUUUUUAUCGGUUUUUCAUCCUAAAGUUACCCGGGAUACCUAGGAGUAUUAGGUUUAAGCACAAACGCCUAAAGAAGGGAAGAUGAGUCUGGAGACUCUCCUGGAGGCAGCAGAAUAUUUGGAGUGGCGAUCAAAUACUAAUGCACGUGAAAACGAAUCAAGCAAAGAAUUCCAUCAGUAUGCAAAGUCUCCAAACUCUCAACCUAACGCAGAUAAUUCUGGCGGCUCCGAUUAUGGGGAAAACUCCAUACAUAGUCCUUCGGAAGAUGGCAAAGAGAAGCGGCGAGCGGGCGGAGCUGGCACAAGAGAAGUGCACAAUAAAUUGGAGAAAAAUAGGAGGGCUCAUUUGAAAGAAUGCUUUGAGACUUUGAAAGGGCAGUUGCCAAACAUAGAUGAGAAAAAGACUUCCAAUUUAAGUAUCCUCAGGAGUGCUCUAAGAUACAUACAGACCCUGAAAAGGAAGGAGAAAGCUCAUGAGCAAGAAAUGCAGCGGCUAGCCAAAGAAAAAAUAAUUGCUCAAGAGCGAAUAGCCACACUAAAAAGAGAUCUUCACCAGAUGAACAUAGAGGUAGACAUGAACCACUGGAUAACCACAGAAGAUCAGGAAACUAAUUCUACAUCUACAGCCACUGAAACAGCUAGUCAAGUUCUGAGUGAUGAAGAAGAGGAAGAGGAGGCUGCAGACAAGUUGACAACCACUACAGUUCAGAUACCUAGUGGACAAACUCUUAGUAUAAUUAAAAGGGCUCCUGUUCAGGUGGUGCCUAAUUCAGUAGCAGCAGUAGCAGUGUCACCGCCCACCACCACCACAGCAGCAGCAGCACCCGUAACAACAGCUCAAGCUGUGUCAACCUCAGUCAAAGGAUCAACUGUGAUAUCAACCAUUACUCCAGCUGGAAAACCCCAAGGAAUCACAAAGACUCCGGUAACCCAGAUCUUGCAUCAGGCAAUCACUCACAGAGUUCAGUUACAGCAGCAGCAGAAGGCUCUGACAGCAUUACAGCAACACCACCAACAGCAGCAACAGCAGCAGCAACAUUCACAGUUGCAGAGGAUUAUUUCAACCCAUGUGAUGCCCACAACUGGUAGUGUGCUGUCUAACAGCUUGCGAGCCCCACCGCAGAUGAUACGACCUGUAGGAAUGCCACAUGUACGACAGACAAUUGUCAGCUCACAGGGAAUUCCACAUGUGUCAGUGUUACGCAAUGUAGUGACUACGAGCACACGUCCUUCGUCCAGUCCUUUCAAUGUCAUAACCACUAAACAAUUACCUGUAUUACUGACUCCAACGUCUACAGUGGAACUCCCAGUUUUAAGCAGUAGUAGUAAUAUUAGUGCUGGAACCUCAUCAACAGCUAGAACAGUAUCUGUUGUAACGGGAACGAGUACAGCUACCAGUGUUACAGCACCAGCUGCAACCUCGGUGGCAGCGGUGUCGAAUAGUCAGCCUCAGGCAGCCAUCACAGGAUCCUCAAACCAGCAGCCUGCGGCUCAACAUGUGUCUGUAGUCAAAAAUAUCAUCACUGCACCGUUGAAUGCGUCAGUGGUGCACCCUGUUCCUCAUGGCACACAACUGUCUGCCCUUACAGCCUUGACGCAGGCCAUUGCUAGGACGCCAUUUCCCAUGGCCACUACUGUGCCCCACGUCAUUUCCUCCACAGUGUCACAAGCGUCAACAACAACCAAUAAUAACAGCCCGGCUGUGCCAGUGAUACCAGGAGUCAAUUCAGUGUCGCAGGUGUCCGCCCUUCAUCCAGUCAUGUCAUCAAUUGCCCAGUUGUCACCUGGAAUGACGCAGACGGUCAUCCCCGUCACCAUGAUGUCUUCGUUACCUUUACAGCAGAACCAUUUGAUGAAUCACACAUUGUUUAAGACCCACAUUCCCAUCAUGGGGUUGCAAUCCCCUUUGCAGUUGCAAACACCUGUGGUUGCUGGUCAACCCAUGGUGAAACCAGUAUUUGUUGCCAAUGUCGUAUCAACAUCUGGAUCUUCUCAUCCUCCCACGACCAUUGCUGUGGCAACAACAUCCCAGAAUUAACACCCAAUGCUGCAUAAUUAUUAUACACUUCUGGCAUUUGCACAAAUGUCUGAGUGUGGGAGCACAAAGAAUGUAUGUUGUUUAAUUUAUGUGGAAGUAUAGUGUUGGAGGAGAAAAUAUAAAUUUUCUUUAGUCAUAUUUUAUGUACGGACAGUUUUGUUAGUACAUAUUGCCAUCAUCUGCACGCAAGUCAGAAAUGUGCAUAUUUCUUGUUACAAAAUUAACUGGUUUUGCUUCACUCUGUGUUUUUUCAUUGUCCUAAAAUGCAGGUCAAACUGGGCCAGAUUCAAUUAUUCCAUAUUUUUUUCAACAAUCUAUUGAUGAAAAAAUUCCUUUCCUUUAAAUUCCUUGGUGGCACAUGCAGAAUUUUCUUACAGGUAAAGUUGUUUAGUGCACAGGUUAUUUUUUCCUAAUAUUUAAGCAGAAAUAAGCUGUCUGUACUCUCUGUUAGCUGGCUUCUUGAUUGAUAAGGCUUAAAAGAUAAACUUCUUCCCUAAAGUUAUUCUUCAAUUUGUUCAUCAAAAUAGAAGUCCUUAUAAAUAGUCAGCACCUUAAAUGUCAUUGUGUUUCAUUGUCAAUUUUUCAGUAACAUUUUAAAUGAACUAGUCUGGACAGUAGUUUUAUAUCAUGGUGCCAGUGUGGCAUGUAAAGUGAUUGUUUAUUGUACUAUUUUGAAAUAUAAAAUGGGAUCUUUUAUUUAUUGCAAGAGGCAUGAAACUUCUACAAGUGCAUGACUCGAUAGGGAGAUACUGUGAUGAAUAUUUUAGGAUUGUAAGAUUGUUUUGUCCUGUCCUGUUCUGCUAGGCAGAGCCAUUCUGACCCAUAUGCAGUUGAGAUUUACUUAUUAAAGUAAGACUUGUUACACAGAAUAAAAUCAUCUUGGUUUCAUCUAUUGCAUUGGGAAUAUUUUAAUGAACACGGAUAGUGUUAUAAACCAAGUCAUGCUAAAGAUAAUGGAAAUGUUAAUCAUCUUUCACUUUAAAUGAUGUUGUGUGAAUAUCAAAAAAAUAGUAGUAGCUCAGUUUUCUCUCUUUAGAUUGUAAGUCUGUAGAAUUAUAAGUGAAACAAAUAGCUUAUUUUUCAAAGAAAAUCAGGGGAAAGUCUAUUUACAUAGAUGAGUUGUUACCGUCUUUGCAUUUUUGUCAGCAGUUAUACUUUAAAUUAUUUCUUCAUCAAACAUGUUGAUGGAGGCAACUAUGGUCAUUUCAUUGAAUUAUUGUACCUGUGCUAUGUUAGACAGUGUCUCAAGCACAACCUGUUACUUUUUCCAUCAGAGACAAAAUAGUGAUUCAAUUUAAUGUACUUGGAAAAGGUGAACUUUAGGAUGGAGGCAAUUUACCUAGAUUGAAAUAUGUAUAAGAAUUAAAAUGUACAUAAGUCAUACAGCUCUAAGAGUUGAGGAAGUGAAACUUUCUGAAGAUAACUUUAAUGGAACAAAGAAUAGCAGUGUCUGGAUUUGUGUACUUGAACUCUUUUUAGAGUGCAACGGAGCUCUUAUUUUGUAGAGAAAUUGUAUUACAGCAUAUGGAAACUUGAUUCAUGUUUUCAAUGAAAUAAAACAAAACCAUUCGCUUUUCAUGUUUUAA